AUGAAAACAACAAAAUUUAUAAUUCCAAGAAGGAAUGGCACAAUAAAAAAAAAAAGAAACUGCUUCCUCCUUCACUCAUCGAGGAGGUGCGAACAUUCGAGAACAGCCAUUAAAGAGGGUAUAUCUGAUAAUACCUAUAAACAAAUAGCACACGAUCAUAAGUGCGAAAGUAUAGAAGGUAACAAUCCUAAUAGAGUUAGUAAAAUUAGGAAGAACAUACAAAAUGAUAUUUUAAAAUAUUAUGAUGAUAAUAAAAAUAUUAUCAAAACAACUGGUCAUAUUUUAAAAGAACAUUUAAAUGAUAUCGUAUUUAUAAAUCAAAAGAAUAACUUCUACACUUAUUUCUACAACUCCUUUCCAAUUUUUAUUAACAAAUAUGUGAGCCAUAUAAAGCAGAUUCUCCCAUUCUCUAAUGAUAUGAAUAGUAAACAUAAUGUCGAGGUAGAGGGAAAAGAAAACAUGAACAAAAGUACACAAAAAUAUAAUGAUCAGAGAGAAGUGAACAACCUUUUGUUUCUACUGCGGUAUUAUAAUAAAUAUACCAAGCAAGAAAUAGAAGAGGAGAAUAUUUUUAAUUUUAUAAAAGAGAAAGUAAAUUGUCUGAACAAUGCAACUGAAGUUUUAAGAAGUAUAAAGGAUAGCCUUUAUAUAAUGAAUAUGCAAAAUAAAAAUUGGACAAAACAUGAUAAAAGCGUAAAAAAUGAUUGUUUUAAUUUUAAAAAAAUGAACGAAAUAUUUCAAAUAAUAAUUAACCGAAUUAAUGACACAAAUGAUGUAUAUAAAAAAAUAGAACUAUUAUUGAACUUAACCAAUAUAUGUGAUAACACGUUUUGCUCUCCCACUAUUUAUGAACAUAUUAAAAAAAAUAUAUUAUCUAUUUAUGAACACUUAGAGAAAAAAACAAAAAAGGGAGUAGAAGAACAGUACGUUAUGUUUUUGAUAUAUAAGAACUUUUUAUCAUCAAAAAGUAAGAAAUAUUUAGAAAUGGACGUAAAGUAUUAUUUCAUGGAUCAAUUAUCUUUUUAUAAUAUUUUACAAAAUGAAAAUAUAAAUAUUUGUUUGUUAAGUUUAAUAUAUCGUGACUUGUCCUUUUUGAAGAACUAUCAAGUAAAAUACGUUCUCAUGAAUUUAGCUUUUUCCAAAAUUAAAAAUUCGGAUUUCUGCUCUCACUUGGAUAUCGAGGGGGGUAUGGACAGUAGCGUUAGCAUUAGCAUUAGCGGAGGUGACAGUAGUGGCAGCAAUAGUGGAAACAAGAGUAUCCCAAGCAGCGGCUAUGGAAAGAAUUUCCCCUUGCAGAACAAACACUAUGUACUGCAUAACUCUCUGUUGACCUUUUUUUCAAACACGCUAUUGAGGAACAAUUUCUUCUCCUUUUUAAAAAACCAUUACCUGAAUAAUUUUUGUAACACAAUAAACUAUGCAACAGAUGUAAACAUGAUGAAUAUAAAUAAUUAUGUCUUUUAUAACAUGUUAAUAUCAAUAGUUCAGUUAAAGGAAACGCAUACUAAGUGCUGUGAACUUUUACAAAUCAGUAAAAUGAAAUAUUUUCUACAAAAUAAAAGGAAUAUUUCCUUGUUUCACUUUAUGUGUAAAAUAAAAGACGACACAAAACACCUGAAUGAUUUUAUUAAAAAUAAUAUUGUGUUCUUUACACAAUUUUUUGUUAAACAAAAAAUGGCAUUCCCGACGAACACGUAUUUAUAUAUAUUGAAUGUAUAUUGUAGUUUCUUUCGUAUGCUAAAUAAUGAUGAGAAUUAUGCAGAUGGUAGGAAAAAAAAAAAAAAUCUACUUAGUGAUAUUAAAAAAAUUGUGAAUUACUUAAUAAAUGAAAUAUAUGCUAGUAUAAAUUUGUUUACACUUAAAGAGAUUGUAACUUUAAUUAGUUUAAUUAAUGAGCUGCCCAAAAAUUAUACUUUUGACCUAAAAAAUGAGUUUUCUUUUGAUGAUAAGAGAAAUAACGGAUAUACUACAAAAGGACACACAGCUCAUUUUUAUUUGCAUAAUAUUUUAGAUCUUAAUUCUGAGGGGAGAGAAGCAAAUGUGGGGAAAAAACCCAGCAAAUCAGUUGAAAAAAUGAACUUAUCACCUGUACAAGGCAAUAAAAAUAACGAAGAAGUUCAGUAUUAUCAUAACGUAUCAAAUGAAAACAAAAUAAAGAAUAAUUAUUAUGAGAAUGAAAAAAGUUUUGAAGAAGAAAAAAAAAAUGAUGAUGAUAUAUUUACUGAUAAUAUUUAUCAACAAAUUGGUGGUAGUAAAAAAAAGAAGGAGGGUAAUCUAGCUGGACAUAUAGAUGUUAUACACAUGAAUCCUUUAAGUAAGAGCAAUUUUAAGGGGAAAAAAAAUUCUAUGAUAAUAAAUAGACACGAUUUCACUAUUUUAAUAUCGCGUGCCCUUUUUAAUGAUAUUUGUGAAGAUUUUAUUUUUAAAAUAAAAAAAGAGGAAUUCUUUUUAAUAAAACAAAAAUAUAUCACUAGUCAUGUUGAUACCAACAAUAAUAUAUAUGAAUAUAUAAUUGAACACCAUUACAAUUGUUUUCUGAACAAUUCAGAAUUUUAUAUAGAUCAGAUAAGUAAAAAAUAUGAUAUAUUAUCAAUAGAGCAAAUUAUCAAUUAUUUUAUUCUUUUCACCUAUAUAAGUGAGCUAGAUGUAUCUCAGUUGUAUUCAUUAAUUAAGGUCAUGAUGACAAUAAAUAAAUUUCACCCAUUCGUUGAUUUUUUUAUUUCAAAACAUAUUGAAGGAUUAUUACUAAAGAGGUGGAGAGAACAAGGAAAACAGGAAGAACAAGCAACAUAUGAGAGGAAUAUAAUAUAUAGUACUUAUGAUGGGAUAAAAUAUACACAAAGAGAAUUUACAGACACCUAUUUAGAUGAUUAUAUUGCAAAUAUUAAAGAAGGAAAUAAAGAAAACAGUUUUGAAAAUCUUGUAAAAAUGGAUAACUUCAACCAUAGAGAGAAUUCUGAUUACACGUCUGAAUAUUGCCCAUCUCACAGUAACAAACAUUUUGAUGAAAUGAACUUAAACACACAUACAAUGUAUGCUUCACAUUUUGAAAAUUGUUAUUAUGAUUAUGACGAUCUUACAAGUACGGUAAAUCUUUUUUUAGCACUGGACCCAAAAACAAAAACAAGGGACACUAUUGCGAAAUAUUUACAAACAUAUGUUGAUUAUAAAAAUGUAAAUAUUUUAAAAGUUGAUCUGAGUUAUUUUCUUUUGAAAAGCGAUCAAGAAAAAGAGGACAAGAGGAGUAGAAGAUACAGCGAGAUGUGCAUUUCGAGCGAACAAAUAGUAACACUUAAAAAUACCUUAAUAAAUGGGGUGCCGAAUGAGUUGUUAUUACAUUGCGAAAAUGGAAAUUCAUUAUUUGGCACUGUUAACGAAACUGUAGAUAGUGAAGCAGGAAAAAAUUGGCAUAAUGGUGCAACUGCUAAAAGAAGCAGUCUCGAGGAAGCGGAAAAAAUAAGAGCAGCGCGUGAGCAUCCCCUACACAAUGACGUCAUAUACAAUGUAGUAGUAGACAGGCUGAAAUAUGAUAUUAACUUAAAAAAUUAUUUAUUAAAUAUAGAUUAUGUAAAUGAGAAUAAAGAAGAGAUAAAACAUUUUCUUGAAAAAGAAAUUAUUUCGUUAAACAGUAUAACCAGACUUUUAAAUUAUGUAAGUAUAUUAAAUGACGAUGGGAAAUACAUGAAAUUACUAACAUUAGCCAUAAAAGAUAUAAUUCUAUGUAGACACGAAAUAGUGGAAGUAAACACAUUCAGAAUGUUAACUACUGUUCUGUUAAGUGUUAAACAAUUUUAUCAAAGUAUAUAUAUAUCAUCGGAGUACUCAUAUUUAAGUAUGUUUAUAAAAUAUUAUGUUCGAGCAAUGGGAAAUUUUUCCCCUUUUUUUACCAUUCAAGACAUUUUUCCUAUUUUUCAAGUUUUUAUAAAAUAUGAUUUAACAAAAAAUUAUUUGAAAUAUUUAAUUAUUUUAAAUAAAGAAUUAAAUAAAAUCAAUAUUAGAAAUUUUAAUUUCUACCUUGUUCAUAUUAUUUUAUAUUUUUAUUCCAAAUUAAAAUAUAUAAAUGAAAAUUUUAUUUCCAAUUUAUUGGAGGUAUAUGUAACUUCAUUACAUCAAUAUAUAAAUAAUAUGAAUAAGGAAAUCAUUCAAAAUUUGAUAAAAACAAAUGAAUUAUUAAUAUCCUUGAGUAUUAAAAAUAAAGAAAUUAUUCACUUAAAUUAUCUCUUAAUACAAAAGUAUGGGAAUUACACAAGCGAAUUUGACACACACUCAAAUUCAAAUGUUGACGAUGACCUAGUUAAACUGUAUGAAAAUGAAGACAAGAAAAAGUUCCUUAGUGAGGAGAAUGUCAAUAAACAUAUUCCAACUGCUACUGUUCUUAGCGGCAAUAGUAGGGACGACUUUGUAAAUGGGUUUUGCGAAAAUGAUAAAAGAGGACAACAAAUGGAAUAUGUAAACGAAUUGGAUAAACAGGCAAGAAAAGAAAAUUCAUUCAUUGAAAAUUCAUCAAUUGCAUAUGCACCCAGUGGAUACUCUACUAGUAGUAAUAUCCACACUGACAAUAUUUCUACUGAAAAGAGAAAGCGAAGUACCAUCGAAAGUGGUGUUAAUGCAAUACAUAGAGAAGAGAAGAAAGUCUAUACUCAUUUUGUAAAACAAACCAUUGAAAAUAAAAACGCAGAUGAAGAUUAUACUUUUUUGCCUGACCGAGUAAGCAGCAAUGAUAAUGCUUCAGAAGAUAACAUCACAGAAAUAAAUCUCGUCACCCCUAAAUUCGAGUUGUCACUUGUCCAUAAGUUAAAUAUAAUAUACUUUUUAUGCAAAUUUCAUUUUUAUAAUGAUUUGAUAAAAAAUUAUUAUAUGCAAUUAAUAAAUGAAUUCUUAAACAAUAAAAAAAACAUGAAUAUAAAUGAUGAGGAUUAUUGUAAAUUAUAUGAGAUAUAUGUACAUGUUAUUAUGAACUUUUACUUUCUUUCCUUUAACAAAAAUAAUAAAUAUAUUAAUUACAUUUUAACCAAUUUACCUUGUUAUUAUUGGUAUAAAAGAGAAGAAGAAAAAUUAAAUUUAUUUACAUCAUCCAACGAGUAUAAUGAUAUUAAAAAUAUUCUUAAAUUGCUAAAUAUAAAUUUUCUCACACCUACAUUAACCGAAAUUUAUUUUAUUCAUUUCUUUAAUGAUGUGAAGAAAGCAAAAUACUUCUUUGACAUUCCUGAAAACGUUUUGCAUUUGUAUCAAAAAUAUAAUAUAGUUAUCGAUGAUAUAAGGAAUAAGAGCAUUUCCAUUUUAUGCAUCCCAGAGGAGAACGUAUUACGGGAUGAAAGUAGGGAUAACAAUGUCCUCAUAAAUGAUAGUUAUUACAUUUUUGAGAAUAUUAAGAAAACGUAUACAACUUCUUUGUUAUUUUUAAGCGAGUUAGAAGAAGACCCCACUUAUUUAUUCAUUACAUAUUUUCUGAAGUCUGUAAAGGUGUUACACAUAUGUUAA